AUGAGUUCCAAAUUUGAAGAAAUGCGGCUUGCUUCAUGGAACGAUCACCAAGUUAAGUCCAAUUCAAUUGUGCAAAGGUGCACAAGUUUGUGUCAAAAUGUUGGUGCUAAUUGGCAUGUCCUAACCGUUGAGAACAAGAGCAAACAGGCCAUUACUAUUGAGGUUGAUGGGGUUCAUAUUUCUUUUGUUCAUGCUAAUUAUGUUCAAGUUACUAGGAGAAGACUUUCGCAGCAACUUAAUUUCCAAGAUGAUUUUAUUCCAUGGCUUGUUAUGGGUGAUAUCAAUUGUAUUCUUCGGGAUGAUGAGAAAAAGGGAGGUCUUGAACCAAGAACUUCAGCUAUAAAUGAAUUUUCAGAUUGGUUAGAUGACAAUGAUCUUUUUGAGGCAGAUUCUUUGGGUACAAAAUUCACGUGGACAAAUAGGCAGUCGGCUCUUCCUAGAGAAGUUUCCGACCAUUCUACUCUCUUGGGUUAUCCUUUUGCUGUUCCAAAACCUAAGAGAGCUCUGUUUUGUAUUCAGAAGAUGUGGUUCUUGCACGCUGAUUUUCUUCGUAUGGUCAAUGAAAGUUGGAAUAUUCCAUCUCAUGGUUCUCUUGACUUCAUAUUUACUUAUAAACUCAAGAGACUAAAGGGGGAGAUCAAGGAAUGGAAUCUUGCGGUUUUUGGUAGUUUUUAUUCUCGGUUGAAACAAGAUCAACUGAGGUUUGAAUCGGCUUCUCUUUACUCGGAUGAGGAUCCAAAUGAUGUUACCAAACUUAAUAUUAUGAAAGAUGCUAUGGCUAGGCUUAGUGAAACUCGGCUUCAGCACAACACUAUGCUUAAGCAAAAGGCAAGGAAUCAGUGGCUUGUGGAGGGUUCAAGCAAUACUACUUUCUUUCAUAAUAGUAUUCGCAUUCGUAGAAGUUCUAAUACUAUUUCUGAAUUAGUAGAUGGUGCUGGCAAUACUAUUUCAGACUAUAACCAAAUUCGAGAUCAUGUUGUGCAUUAUUAUGAAGACAAGUUCAAUGGCCAAGAGCUGGACUAUGAUGCUAGCUCAUUUGAUUAUGAGCAUCCUAGCAUCUCGGAGGCGGAGAGUCUUGCCAUGGACAUAAUUCCUUCCACGGAUGAUAUCAAACAAGCAGUUUUUGAUUUAGGAGCGGACAGUGCACUGGGUCCAGAUGGUUUUUCUGGUUGCUUCUAUCGUCAUUGUUGGGAUAUUAUUCAGGAUGAUUUGAUUAAGGAUAUUACUUAUUGUUGGGGUACUGGUCACAUUCCAAAUGGCAUCAAUUCAAGCCUUAUCAUUUUACUUCAGAAGAUUCUUGCUACUAGGCUAGGCAGUAUUUUGGAUAAUAUUGUUUCUGAAGAACAGGUUGCGUUUAUGAAAGGGCGUAAUAUCCAUGAAAACAUUAGUUUGGCUUCUUAA